AAAAGCUCCCGCGUUUUUCUACUCUUCCGACUCAUCUCCCUCCCUCCCUUUCACUCUUUCCCUCUUUUUUUCUCUUCCAUUCUCCGCCUAUUUCCUCCCUCAUUUUCACUUCUUCUGAUCUAAACUCAAACCCCUUUUCUUAUUCUUCUUCUUCUUCUUCUCCUCUCUCUGCAAUUUUUCUUUCUCAGAUCUCACAACCCAUUUCCCCUCCAUCUUCGUCAACAAUGAGCAGACAACCCAGAGUCAAGAAGAAGUCUUCUCAGAAUCUCGGUACCGGAGACGUAACUCCGAAGCAAAUUGCUUUCAUCGUCGAUCGAUAUCUAUUCGACAAUAAAUUUUCUCAAACUCGCUCUCUUUUUCGAACUGAAGCCUCCUCCCUCAUUGCUCAAUCUCCCAGUCAAGAGGCGACUAAGGGAAUACUGGGUCUCGGCCAAAUAAUUAACGAGUAUAUAAGUUUGAAAGCACAGAAACUAAUGGUGGAUCAAGAAAGGGUUCGACUUGAGCAGGAGAAGUUCCGGGUCCAGACGCUGUUGCAGAGUAUGCAAAAUGCAAUGUCUGCGUACAAUGCUAGUGGAAGCUCGUCUGUGCCGGCCGCGAUUUCCUCUGUAGCUCCUAAGCCAGCGAUUAUGGCUCCUCGGUUGCAGCCGUUUAAUGGGUCUCAAGCAGGGUUUCCUUUGAACAACAAUCCAACUGUACAUUCAAUGUCUAUGCCUUCCAACACGAAUGCUCAACCUACAAAUAUAUCUUCAUUGUCAAAUAAUAAGAGAAAAAACCCCAAGAUUAUUUCAAAUGCCCCUCCUCCAGCUGCGAAGAGAUCUUGCAGCAAAUUCUCACUUCCAGAGAAAGAAGCAGUUCCACAAUAUGGUAGCACAGUUAAUAGUCAAGAAAAUACUCAGGCUCCCGCUUCUGCAGUUGAAUCAUCACCAAACAUCUGUGUGGCUAGUGGAUCAAGUGUGGCCAAGUGUUUGUUCAAUCAGCCCUCACUCUCCAUUCCAACAAAUGCUUCUGUUCCCAAGACGCCCCCAAGAGCAAAUUCCUCUCAAAGUGACAAAUCAACAUCUCCUCUUGAUGUUUCUUCCACUGCUAAAUGUAGCAAUGCUAGCACUCCCACAGAGAUGACCCCAACAAGAUGCACUGUAAUAUCAUCAUCCAAAAGAGUGACGCUGAGUCCAUGUAAACAAAUGGCUUUUUACAUGGAGAAAAACCAGUGCAUUUCCACUUCCUCGCCAGUCAAGACAAAUUCAAAGAGGCAGACAAUAAGCAAUAAUGUGAAAGGAAGACUUGAUUUUAGUGAUUCUGACUCAUUGGUGAAUUUAGGGUCAGGCGAACCAAUUUUUGAGCAGACUUCAACAUCUGAGUCUGAAAAGGAAAUUGACCUUUUUGACAUUGAUCUGCCUAAUUUUGAUGCCAUUGGAGAAGAUUUCUCCUUUACUGAAAUGUUGGGUGCUUUUGAUUUUGAGUGUGGAGAAAUGGAUUACUCUUGCGAACUACCUAUAGGUGCUUCUAUGGACACCAUUUCAGGCUCAUCCCCUGAAUCAAUGUGUGGCUAUAUGGGGUCUAACCAAGUUAUGUCAGAAUUCUCUACUGUGACAGAAGUAUUAUCACAAGAUAUGAGUAUGCAAGGGCCGGAUUCUAUGUCAGCUCUAAAAUCUGUGACAAGAUGCAUCAAAAUUAUAAGUCCUGUAAAAACUUGUGGGAAUUCUCUGGAUCAGAACUGUGCUGCAACAAACUGACUGGGAGAGUAGGCAUUACUUCUUUAUGGUCUGAUAUACCCGCACUUAAUUAACAUAGAUGUAUAAAAGUUAACUGUUAGUCUGUUUACAUAUUCUUUUGUCUAGGAUGUAAGGUCAUGACUUGUGUGAUCAUGAUUAGUGCCUCUUCUAAUGACUUGAUAUUAUGAAAAAUAGAACAAGAAAGAAAGAUUUUCUAUAAUCUAUAUCACCAGGGUCACCAGACCUUGAUACAUCUGCAAAAGAGGAAAUAAGUACGGAGAUACAGACUUACAAUUCUCUUCCACUAUCUCCUAUUGCCUAAUAUAAUUCUAGAUCAAUUGCCAAGUAAUUUAAAUUCACGAGUUAUUUGAAGUUCCUUUUUGUCAAUAUAGAAUAGGAAGUAUAUGAUGAAUUAACAAGGAGUUGUCUAAUUAGAUUCUGUACACGGGAAGAAGAAAUGUAUAGCCUA